GACCGGGUGGAGGAUGCAGUUGACAGGCACGCGCUUUCUUUCCAGUAAUAUCUCUUCUUCAAAGGAUAAAUUAUCGAAACGUGUCGCAUUACGUAGAUCGGCUUGAUGAUUGCAAUAAAUGGGAUAUUCUCAAGCCAGUUUAAUUUCAUCAUUACACUGAGAAGCGAGUUUCUUCCGGACUGUUUCUGUUAUCAUUUUAUCACCGCAGGAUACCCUGCCCGGUGCAACCUUAUGCCGUCAAUGACAAGUUCGGCUCCGCGUAUCAUCUACCUCACUUUUACACGAUCAUCAUGGUGUUUUGGGAAUUAAUGAUCUGGACGAAUAUCUCUUUUCCUGUCAGCAUACGAGUCUUUUGAAGCAGCUGGUUUCCUUAACUUUCACUAACCUGACUAACCUGUACCCAUCUGAAAUAGUUAAAAGGAUCAAUGCUGAAAUAUUCUUUCUGGACUUGGAGCCUCCAUUUAACAUAUCUGAAACCUGAAAUUCAAGAUGACAUCAGAGGUCAGCCAAGUGCCAUUGAGUGAGCUGCCCAUGGACAACUGGAUGGCCCAUCUGCCCAGUGCACUAUGGGACACCCCUCUCUGUUACAUGGCCAUUCCAGGAAGCCAUAAUGCCAUAACUUACUGUCUGGAUAAAAAUGACCGCUCUCCAGUAGACCUCACUCAACCAGAUAUGCUGCAGAAGCUGGACAAGUACAUGAAGCCCAUCAUACGCCCGUUUGUUUACAAGUGGGCGAUAGCACAGGAGUCUAGCGUUAGGGAGCAGUUAGAUUCCGGGGUGAGAUACUGUGACCUGAGGAUAGCACAUCGGCCUAAUGACAGCUCUAGCGAUCUAUACUUCUACCAUGGUGUUUAUACCACUGUUACUGUGGAGACGGUAUUAAAAGAGAUCAAAGAGUGGCUGGAUGUUCAUCCAAAGGAAGUAGUCAUCCUCUCUUUUAGCCACUUCCUGGGCCUCUGUCAAGAACGCCACUUACUGCUUGUCUCAAUGAUAAAGAGUGUUUUUGAUUCCAAACUGUGCCCCAAAACGGAGCGUGUGACAUUACGGAAUUUAUGGUGCCAGGGUUACCAAGUCAUCAUUUCAUAUGAGCACAAUAUUGUCAACUGCCACAAAGAGUUGUGGUCCCAUAUACCUUACUGGUGGGCCAACAAAUGCAAGGCUGAAGCGCUGAUCGAGGAAUUUGAACGUAAAAAACAAAGUGGCCGACCAGGAGGGUUCUUUGUGACUGGCAUCAAUCUUACUGAAGAUUUGAAGUACAUAUGCUCCCAUCCCACUGAAUCACUGAAGGAUAUGGUGAUGUCCGCAUAUCCCACAUUACUCAGCUGGGUCCGGCAGCAGAUGCCUGGCUCUAACACUGGCUCCCUCAACAUCAUAGCUGGGGACUUUGUGGCCGAGAGCCAGUUCAUACCAACCGUCAUUGCACUGAACGAAAAUCUACUUAACAGGACUAUAUUAUCAGAGCCUUGACAGACUCUUAAUCUGCACAAUGUAGAACGCAUUUAACAUUUGAGAAAAGAAGAGUUUCUUGUUCUUGUGAUAGAUUUUUAUACUAGUCACUAAACUGUAAAAUAACUUUACACUUUUUGAGUAAAAGGGUGAUAGAGAAUUUUGAGUUAUGAGUAGAAUAAUGUAAUGCACUGAUUUUUAUGACUUGAAUUUACUGUAAUAUUUAGCUUAUUUAUAGCGUUUCCAAUAUAUACCUCUGAUCUUGCAAUAAUGUUGGUCAUUUGGAAGUACCUGGUCCUGGAUCUGGACAUUAUCAUGGUCCAAAUUAUCACAACAUCAAAAUACAGCAAUAGUCACAAGCAUAACAUGUUAUAUACAUACUGUAGUGCCAGUGAGCAGAGAACCAGAAUUUCAGCAUUUGCAUGAGGAUUGCUGAAGCUUACUCAGUCCAAGCCUGCAAAAAUGGAAUCAAACACUCAGGAUUGUGCAUUCUUUAUGAUAUGUAAACUUUUCAACUUUGUACUGUAUGGAAUGACAAAAUGGAGAUAUGGUUACAUCACUGCAUGGUAUUCGCAACAAAAGCAUGAGGAGACAUUGUGGAAUAUUUCUGCAAUUGCAAAUAUGUUUUCUGCCAUAGUAGCAUGCCAUUUAAAUGCAACUGCAUCAUGCAAUUUAAGCAAUAUGUCAGCAGUUUUUGCCUCUCACUGACAAAAUUAUAAUCACAAGUAUAAGCAGUUUGAAUAGAGGACAUGGACC